CCCCUUAGGUGAGUGGAAUCAAGAGUCUCUAUGAGUCUGAACUGGCUGAUGCUCGAAGAGUUCUGGAUGAAACUGCCAAAGAGAGGGCUAGAUUACAGAUUGAAAUAGGAAAACUGAGAGCAGAACUCGAGGAGUUCGAUAAAAGCUACAAGAAGAAAGAUGCAGAUUUGUCUGUGGCUCAGGGUCGCAUUAAGGAUCUUGAAGUGCUGUUCCAUCGAAGUGAAGCAGAACUCAAUACUGUCCUGAAUGAGAAGCGCAGUCUGGAAGCAGAGGUGGCCGAUUUGCGUGCCCAACUUGCUAAGGCUGAAGAUGGUCAUGCUGUGGCUAAGAAGCAGUUGGAGAAGGAAACACUCAUGCGUGUGGACCUGGAGAACAGGUGCCAGAGCUUGCAAGAGGAUCUGGAUUUCAGGAAGAAUGUGUUUGAGGAGGAAAUAAGGGAAACAAGAAAACGACAUGAGCAUCGUUUGGUCGAGGUGGACACUAGUCGCCAACAGGAGUACGAAUCCAAAAUGACUCAGGCCCUGGAGGAUCUGCGAAAUCAACAUGAUGAACAAGUCAAACUCUACAAAAUGGAGCUUGAGCAGACCUAUCAGGCCAAGCUGGAGAAUGCCAAACUGUCUUCUGACCAAAAUGACAAAGCUGCUGGUGCAGCUCGAGAGGAGUUGAAGGAGGCUCGCAUGAGAAUAGAAACGCUCAGCUACCAGCUUUCUGGCCUUCAGAAACAGGCUAGUGCAGCGGAAGAUCGCAUCCGUGAAUUGGAGGAGAUGAUGGCUGGUGAGCGGGAAAAGUUUAGGAAGAUGCUAGAUGCAAAGGAGAGGGAAAUGACAGAAAUGAGGGACCAGAUGCAGCUGCAGCUUACAGAGUACCAGGAACUGCUUGAUGUUAAGUUAGCACUGGACAUGGAGAUCAGUGCUUACCGAAAACUCCUGGAAGGAGAGGAGGAAAGGUUGAAGCUGUCUCCAAGUCCCUCCUCCCGUGUUACAGUCUCUCGGGCUACCUCCAGCAGCAGCAGUAGCAGUACUUCACUUGUUCGCUCUUCCCGAGGCAAGAGAAAACGUCUUGAAGCAGAGGAACUUUCAGGCAGUGGAACCAGUGGAAUUGGCACUGGAAGUAUUAGUGGCAGCAGUAGUAGCAGUAGCUUCCAAAUGUCCCAGCAAGCUUCAGCUACAGGAAGCAUCAGCAUAGAAGAGAUAGACCUGGAGGGCAAAUAUGUUCAACUGAAGAACAACUCGGAGAAGGAUCAGUCUUUGGGUAACUGGAGACUGAAAAGACAAAUUGGAGAUGGAGAAGAAAUUGCUUACAAAUUUACUCCGAAGUAUGUCCUCAGAGCUGGGCAGACUGUAACAAUCUGGGGUGCAGAUGCAGGCGUAUCUCAUAGCCCCCCUUCUGUUCUCGUGUGGAAGAACCAAGGCAGCUGGGGCACUGGAGGAAAUAUCCGCACAUACCUCGUAAACGCUGAAGGAGAGGAAGUUGCGGUGAGAAGCGUUACUAAAUCAGUAGUCAUGCGAGAGAACGAAGAGGAAGAGGAUGAAGCAGAGUUUGGAGAGGAAGACCUUUUCAACCAACAGGGGGAUCCCAGAACAACCUCUAGAGGAUGCUCAGUGAUGUGAAGAAAGUAAAAAGAAACUAUUAUUUGCUAUUUUUUUCAUUUAUUUCCUUUUAUUUUUGCUAUUUUUUUCCCUCCAGAGCCACUGAAAACUAUUUUUAUAUGCAUCAUCUGAUUUCUUUGAAGUUUACUCCUUGGUACAUUUUUAUAAAAAAAAAAUUUAAA